CUCUCUCUCUCUCUCUCUCUCUCUCUCUCUCUCUGUCAAUCCGAUGCCAAAGCUGUUUAGGCUACUUUGCGCAUGUACUGCCGGGCAAAACGAGCAUAGCAUCGACUCCAAGAUGGCGAAAGCACGUCUGGUUUACCUCCUGACUCUCCUCUCAACUCACUGCUACUUCAGCGUGUUGGCAGUUGUACUGAGGACAGACAACAACUCACCGUGGACAGAUGAGUUUGACAGAAUUGAAUUAUCAUGUUUGAUCGACUCGAUUUCCACAAACAAUCCGAGAAUUGAGUGGAAAAAGAUUAAAGCGGAGGGGCCAAGCUAUGUGUACUUCAACCAGAAAGUUUCAGGUGACUUGGAGAACCGAGCGGCGAUCAGAGAACCGGCCACAUUAGUGAUCACCAACGCAACUCGUUUGGAUACGGCAAAAUAUCGCUGUGAGGUCACGGCUGCUGAUGACCUGAAGUCCUUUGAUGAGAUUGUGAUUGACCUUGUUGUUCGAGUAAAGCCCGUUGUUCCAAAAUGCAACAUCCCCAAAUCGGUGCCCUUUGGGAAGUCAGCCGAACUGAGUUGUUUGGAGGAAGAGGGUUUCCCCAAGUCUCAGUACCAGUGGUUCAAGAACAAAGAAGAAAUUCCUGAUGACCCAAAGAGCAGCAUGAAGUUCUUCAACUCGUCAUACACUCUCAACUCAGAAACAGGAAUUCUGAAGUUCACCUCCGUCAGAAAAGAAGAUGCUGGCGAGUACUACUGCCGAGCUAAAAACGAUGCAGGAUAUGCUGAGUGUGCGCCGCAGAAGAUGGAAGUCUAUGAUAUUGAUGUUGUGGGGAUUGUAAUGGGAGUGGUGGUGGUGGUUGUGGUACUUAUAUGUAUAUCAGCCGGGAUCUGCUGCGCAUAUAAGCGAGGUUACUUCGCAAGUCAAAAGCAGGCAGGGAACAACUACAAAGUUCCAGCAAAAGGAGAUGGGGUGGACUAUGUCAGGACGGAGGAUGAGGGAGACUUUCGACAUAAGUCGUCAUUUGUGAUCUGAGCGUGAAGCAAGAAUGACAGUGGGGAAAGUGCCAAGUGAAACGAGUAACACGUGCGGCUGCCGUCCUCGCAGUCUCAAUCACGGAGCCGCCAACGGUUCAUGCUCUGAGCUCUCCAACUUUUUCACGUUUGCCAAAGGUGACAAGAUUUCAAAAGGACAACAGAAAAAAAAACUUACCAUCUUGAGUUCACAGGGAACUGUUUUCUUCAAUUGCUGUACUAAACCGUGGACUUGAACGUUAUUUUCCAAACUCAAAUCCACUUGGAUGAAAUAUUUGACGACACGUAGUCCCACCAAAAUCAGUCAAACAUGACACAUUUCUACAUGAUGCUUCACGCUGUGUCAUUUGUAAUAACAUUUGUUUUCUACUGUUGAAAUUUGUCAGACUAUUUUUGAUGGGAUAUAUUUUAAAUGCCUAUAGAUAAAGGUUUACUUUUUUAAAUAUUUGUAAAAUACUAACUGUGCUGUUUUUUUUAUUGUAAUUAUUUGGUUGUGGGUUUAAAAUAUCUGCCAUUGGCCGGUAACCAGUUCAGGGUGUACCACGCCUGCUGCCCGAAAACAGCUGGGAUAGGCUCCAGCACGCCCCGCAACCAUCAUUGGGGAUAAAGCGGAUUAGAAAAUGAAUGGCUGGGUUUAAAUGUGUUACUUUCACCACUUUUGCAUUCAACCUGUCAGCAUUUAUACCUUUGCCACCGGAAAGAAAGAACGACGAUCAAAGCAGCUUUCCGUCAGCAUAUCAACAUGUGGUUCAUGAUCAGCGGUCUUGCGUCUCGAACUCUCACCGCUGGGAUCACCCGGGUGCUGUUUGUCAAAAAGCAACCAAAAAAAACUCUGUUUUGUUUGUAGUCUUAGAAAGAGGUUUUGAAGAGUGCCAGUCAAAUGCUGUGAAACACUGUUACACAAUCAGCGCUGCGUUUUCUUUUCUUUUUUUUUAAGUGUCCUUCUCAGCUUGCUGUUCCAUUUUUGUAUAUAUUGAAUUUACUGUCCUGUUAGCUGUAAUACAUAACGUACGUUCGGUAUUACAUUAUCAGAAGAAAAAGGUGGACAGGGUGUGUGAGUUAGCCUUUUAGAGCCCUCUCCCCUUAAAAAAAAAAGUGCUGUAAUACUUUGUUUUGACAAUAGAAAUGCAAUCAACAAUCUGCGAGAGUCUGCGACCUUUACCUGCUUCUUUAAUUGACGGUUAAAGCCUGUCAUCAACAAAGCCUUACAUAACACAAGGUACUGCAACCGCAUCAUCCGAGAAUUGUAUCAAGUACAAUGAAACCUUCCAAAGUACAGUAAAUAUCAUUAAUAAUAAUAAAUACAAUAUAAUGUUGAGUGAAUUUGUACAAAGACCCACCAUAAUUAAACCUUACUCAUGCUACGCUCAAUGUUCAAAAUCACAUUUUAAACGAAUAGCUGUUAUGUAGGUAUAAAGAGAAAUGAAUUACUGCAAAACAAAUCCACACACCCUUUGGAUCAUCAUAGAGAGAACAGGAAGGUAUUUGCCGAGGGAUACUGUGACCUUGUGGCGUUUUAUUGGCACUGCUGGAAUUAAUAAAGUACCGUAAUGUUUGUGACUGCCUGCAGGCAGCGUAGCAGCGUAGCUUAAGCUUUUGUCUCAUCGGUAUGUACACUUUCAAAUUGAGGAUAGGCUAAGACGAGAUAUCACCAGGCUCGCUUUGACAUACAGGUCAAACUCUUGUGCCAGUCCACUUGAGACCUCCUCCCUGGCCAGAAUCAGCAGUGUUCAAUUAUCAGACUUCUGUGCUCAUCAGAAACUGCCGAUAACAUACACCAUGUUCAAACAAAAGUAUCCAGGUGUGCAUUAAUGUGUAGGUACUUAGCGGCAGGGUGGGACAGAGGCUGCAUUUUGAUGGCAUGAGCUGUCAACUUUUUGACUGGAGCUGUGGCCUUAAGGUAGCCGUUGCCUGUUGUGUCCACAAUCUCUGAACCCAUUGGCGGACACUGGAGGAGACAAUGAGUCUUUUCAAGCCUUUUUGGCCUGUGGAACUUGGAGGCAACUGCUUUGGUGGUCUCUCAGGCAAGAACUCAAGCGUAGGAGAACCCUUAUAUGGUCUCUGUAAACCCUUAUGACAGGUGUCAGAGUUUGGUCUGCAUUGUCAGCUGCCCUUUUGUCACCAAUCCUGUUUAUAACCUUUUCUAGGCACAGCCGAGACAUGGAGGAGUCCCAGUUUCGUGAGCUGAGAAAUAUGUCUCUGUUUUUUUGCAGAGGAUGUGAUUCUUUUGGCUUCCUCAAACCACCUUCUUUAUCUCUCACUGGAGUAUUUCGCAGCCGUCUGUGAAUCGGUUGGGAUGAGAAUCAUCACCUCCAAAUAAAAGACCGGGUCUUGCAAGAAAAUGGUUAGAGUGCCCCUCCAGGUCGGGGAUGAAAAAAAAAUGAAACAAGUGGACAAAAUGAGUUUCCUCCUCACGGUGUCCGGGUUCCCCCUUAGAGAAGCAAUUGUCGUCCGGAAUGGGCUCAGAGUAAAGCUGCCACCCUUCCUUAUCAAGAGCUGCCAGAUGAAGUGGUCUGGGCAAGUGGGUAGGAUGCACACCUUUUUGGUGAGGUGGUCUGAAGAUGUCUCACUGGGAGAAUCCCGGGGACGACCCAGGACAUGCUGGCCUGAGAAGUCCUCGGGAUACCCUGGAAGAGUUGGAUGAAGUGGCUAGGGAGAAGAAAACUAGGAUUCUUCGUGGGCAUUUAUUUAACUUUUAAGCUUCGAUUGUUUACUUUAGUUCCAUCACUAUCAAAUAUGUGUGUUAUUCGCAUGAAACCUGAUCCAUUCAUUUUUAUUACUUUAUUUUCCCCAUGCUUUUUCAAUUUACAAAUUAAAUCUCAUUUAACACGUCAUCGAUUGAUUUGCAAAUGAUGUGGGGAGCACCGAGGAAUAUCAUUUUAGAUGUUCUAUUCAUUACUCGUAGGGCUCUGGAAGGUUAACAAUUCUACUUAUUGUAUGUCCCAGUAGGCACUUUGUGUUGUUUGAUAUCUGUUAAGGUAAUGGAAAAAGAAGAUCCGAUUAAAAAGACGACAUGAAACUCUUUCCGUUGACAGUAUAUGACUGAUAAAGUUCAACAUAAACCCAUCACAUUCACAGCAUGUUGACAGUAAAAUGUUCCACCGCGUCUCCACACCGAGCUUUGUCACUCCUUUUUAUUUUUUUAACCGCUGAGCAAUUCACUUUCAUGAAGUCAUUUUUCUUGUUUUACUUUAAAACACAACAAUCCCAUAAUCCUUCAUGAUCAUGGUUGCCUGUGAAUGUGUAGGAAAUGUUCUUCAAAUAUCGAUUAUGGUACGGAAGAUCUGCCAAAGCAUUUGCACAUUGGAAUUUGUUCAUACCGCUUUGUUAAAAUAUUAAGCUUUGCCAACCACAAUGAGUUUACCGCAAACUCUUUUGAGAACCGCUAAUGGAUUCACACUGAAGUAAAGGAGUCGCAAGGCUUCUCCCUUCAUUUCUACAAAUUUCAUUCCUCCCAAGUGCCUUCUACCAUUAAAAUAGAUCUGUUUCUCUCACCUGCUUGUUAUUCUGCCCGAGGUUUCAUAUUGUUCACGCAGUUAUCCACAAGCCUGGCGUUUGAGAGGAAUGAUGUCACCACAGAUUUCUGCUUGUCCAGUGUUCCAUAUCUGCAAAUUUGUAUAUAUUUUUUUCCGUAGAUUACAAUAGACAGAAAUAUAUUACUGUAGUGCCUAAAUCUAGUGAAAAAUAUUUUUGGUAAGGACACACAGUAUUAGGAAAAAGGAUAGGAUUUCAGCUGUGGUUUGUGAAAACAACUCUUUUAUUGCCAUAAUUUUGCAAAUAGAGCUCUUUAACCCUUUGAGGGACGGCGGUUACUACAGUGGAUGGCUUUUCAUGUUAUCAGGUUACAGGUUAUCAUUAUUGGUGCAUGAAAUGGUUUAUUCUGCAUUUAACAAACCAUAAGACAUGUCAGCGUGAAACGGCAAAUCACGUACGACAGUUACAUGUUGUUUUACACACAAGCCAACCAUGGUAAAGGUUCUGUCAUCACGGUGUUACUGUUGUUUUUCUAUAUUCAAGGGCAAUCUAAACUGAGCUGUCAUGCAGCACUUUGUUUUUUCACUCAAUACCAUGACAUAAAUGCUGUCAUCUAAACUCUCACAACUUUGAGGGCUUGAUAGGGCUGCAGGGGGAAUUUGUCCAUUCUAGUACCACUCUAUUUGUGAUGAAUAAAACUCACUUAUAAUGCUAA